CAGAUCUGUGUCAGAGACGUAGUGCAGCACUAACAUAUGGCGUUAUCGCUUCGGACCAAUGAGCGGCUGCGGCUAACAGGUUGUUGGGCUGACGUCACGUGCGCGGGGAGGAGGGGCUGGCGCACGGACAGAAGGCUGCGUUUGCUGUAUAUGUGUGUGUGUGUGUGCGUGUGUGUGUGUGAGAGAGAGAGAGAGAGAGAGAGAGAGAGGCCGGGGGUCCGCAGAACAGCUCCGGGUGUGAGGGACUACCAUUAUGGGGAGGAAGGAGCGCGAGCCGGUGGAGUGGACGCAACGACAGCUGGAGAGGGUCCGCAUGGGCGGAGGACGCGUCGAGCAUCGCUAAGGUGUUUUUUUAACCCUCCUUACAGCGAGACCCGGGAUUAGCAAGGGGAUUUAUCGCCUGCGUGCUUUGAAGACGCGGUUCCAGCCGUUUCCUCAAAGGAAGGACGCCACCUCGCAGCCGGGGGAUGUAACCGCGCGCAGGUUUGAGGAUUUACGGCACACCGCGGUAUACUGGCGCGCUUUCCAUGGCGCUGUCCUCGUCCCACGGCAUAUCAGGCCACGCCGGGCCGUUGCGAACGCGAGGCCAGCGGCUUUGAAGCGCGUUCGCGUCCGUCUCUCGCUUUUUCCAUGUCCGCCUUCUGCCUCGACCUGCACUCGGCGCCGUCGAGCGCCUCCACGCUUUCAGCACCACGGGAGCUGGACAGCGACCGCAUGGAGCCCUCGCUGGACUCCAGCCUGCAGGGCCCUCCUCCAGAAACCGGAGGGCUCGAGGCUCCUUCGCUGCUGCGCGCGACCGCGGGAGGCCUGGGCACGGUGCUCGAGGAGGAGCUGGCCAUGCUCACGUGCGAACGCGAGCGCGAGCAGGAGGAGGACGCGGCGGAGCUGGCCGCCGCCGAGGCGCCGCUGGAGCAAGACGUCGACCUGCUGGCGCUCUUCCGACAAAAAGAGAGGGACUUGGUCCUGGCUGCUAAACUCGGCAAAGCACUACUUGAACGAAACCAGGACCUCACCAAGCAAUAUGAGAAAAUGAACAAGGACCUGAACGAGAAGCUAGAGCACCUGGAGCAGGAGAAGCACGAGCUACGGCGGCGAUUGGAGAGCCGCGAGGGUGAGUGGGAGGGCCGCGUAGCGGAGCUGGAGACAGAUGUACAGCAGCUGCAGGGCGAGCUGGAGAGGCACCAAAUGCAGCUGCGCGAGGCCGACCGGGACAAGACCCGCGCCAUCACCGAGCUGUCGGAACAGAACCACCGUCUGCUGGAGCAGCUCAGCAGAGCUGCUGAAGUGGAGAGACAGCUGUCCACUCAGGUCCACUCUUUGCGGGAUGAUUUCAGAGAGAAGAGCCUCUCCACGAACCAGCACAUGACACGUCUUGAGAGCCUACAGGCAGAGCAAGGGCUAGAAAUAAAGAUGCUGUCGGAGCGUAAGCGGGAACUGGAGCGACGCGUGACCGCCGUGCUGGAGGAGAACGAGCAGCUGCAGCACACGGUGGACAGCCUGAAAGAGCGCACGCUCGUGCUGGAGAAGCAGUGCCACGAGAAGGACUUACAGCUGCGGCAGAGCCAGUUGGAGCUGCAGGAGGUGCGUAUAUCUCAUCGGCAGCUGAGUGCGCGGCUGGAGGAGCUGAGCGAGGAGAGGAGCCUGCAAAGCUUCAGCCCCAGUAGCCACUCACUGCUGUGUGAGAUAGAACAGAGCAUGGAGCAGGAGGAGCUGGAGCAGGAGAGAGAGCAGUUGCGGCUGCAGCUGUGGGAAGCGUACUGCCAGGUGCGCUCCAUCUGCUCUCAGCUGAGAGGAAAUGACAUCACAGACUCCGCCCUGUCCACGGAUUCUUCGAUGGACGAGUCUUCAGAGACAUCAUCAGCUAAAGACGUGCCUACGGGCAGCCUGCAGUCCAGCCUGCUGGAGCUGCGGAGACUGACGCAAAACUUACUUGACGGCAAUGAGUCCACGGGUUCACGGCGCAGUGAUGAGGAGGUUCUGGAGGAGCAGGUGAGGAAGCUGGGAGAGGAGCUGAGAGAAGUGAGAGAGCUUUAUGAACAGGAACAGGAAAGAGUGCGCAGCGCACAGGAAGAGGUGCUGCAGCUCCAUAAUCAGAUUGCGCUGCUCUCAUUAGAAGUAUGUUCAUCUCGGGAGGAGAACGAGAGGUUACGUGCCAUGUCGGAGGUUCGAGAACCAAGCGAACAACUGCAGACCGCCAUCAGAGACCGAGACGACGCAAUCGCCAAGAAAAAAGCAGUGGAGAUGGAGCUGGCCAAGUGUAAGAUAGACAUUAUGUCUCUGAACAGUCAGCUCCUGGACGCUAUCCAGCAGAAGCUCAACCUGUCGCAGCAGCUUGAAGCCUGGCAGGAUGAUAUGCACAGAGUGAUAGAUCAGCAGUUGAUGGAUAAGCAUCAGGAGGAAUGGAGGGACUCUCCGUACUCUUUCUCCGGGGCCAACACGGGCUCCCGCACCUGCUCGGGACCCCCUUCCAGGAGACCUCACCGCCUCUCUGAUGGCGACAAGCGCCUCUUCUCAUUUUUCAAGAAGAACUGAGUCUGUGUAGAGGGAAAGAAUUAACACUGAAGACGAGCAUCAAAUUUACUUGAUUCAAAUGUACAUAAUUUACGCAUGAAUGUAUUACAUCAACUUUAUUGCCAACAGUAGGCAAAUUUAAGGUUGAUGUAAUGUUUAUUUAGGCUGGUGUUAUGUAUAGAAUUGAAUCAAGUAAAUGUAGUGUCUCACUUUUUUAAGUGUAGAGAAAGAAAAAGAGAGAGAGCAAUAGAGACGGAGAGAGCAAACCUAAUGACUGACCUAGCCAAAGACCAAGACAGUAGAGCGAAUAACCACCAAACGUCAGAAUCUUGUGAAGGCCUGGAGCCAUUUUGCACUUUAUCUGCCCCAACCACUCCAAUCCUUCAGAUCAUUCUAGAUGAGGGCCUGGGGAAGUCAAUGCGAAUAUAAGAGAUUUACAGAAAGAAGGUCCUUGGCUAUUAUCCUCAACUGAUACAGCUUCAAGCUCUGCUUCAGGGUGAUUUGUACAGGGUUACCACAUUUGCCCCAUAUCAGAGGCCAGCUUCCCCUCCUAGUGCCUCAGACAUACUCUCCUCACCCUACUGCCAGUCACUUACAGUGGAAGUCUGAGAUUUAGCUCUGACAAACUGAAGGAUGUGUUUGGCCUUUAACUCAGGACGACUGUAGGAGGUUCAGGCUGGAGAUUUGAAGUCAGGCUAUAGGUUGUAGUUUGUGAAUUAGCUGCAGCCUAAACAGGCCAGAGCAGCCGUUAUGUUCAUUCACACAUUCACAGGGGCCUUAUUCUCAGUCAGGUGUUUCCUAGCAAAUACAGUGAAACCGUGUGCUCAGCCACAUGAAUAAAACAGUACAUCAACACAGGUUUUGCUUAAUUAUUAUUAGCUAAGCUUACUGUGCUGAUGUGGUGCGUUUUAUUGGUCUGCACAUGAUACUUCAGUGCAAAUUCAAUGCAUCUCGUUUUUAGUGUAUGAAAAUGACAAUUAUGAGGUAAAUAGCAAAUGCAUGUUCUGGAUUAGUUAUUAGACCUACAGAUUUACUAGGGCUGUGCAUUACAAAUAAUUUUGAUAUCUGGAGAUACUGAACGGAUAUGAAUGGAUGCUUAGUUAACCACAGGGAAGAAAAAAUGGGUUAAAAAUUGACUUUAGCCAAAAUGAUCAUAGAUCUGUACACAUAGCGAAAUGUGGAAAAAAUUGUUUUGUUAUUCAAUAACAGCCACGGGAAAUCGGCAGGUUCUGUGUCUGAUGAGUCGCUCCGUGUCUUCAACACAAGUUAUUUUUUUCGCCAGUGGACAAUAUGACAUGUAACUUUGUCAGAAGAAUGUAUUUUCACCCUUUCUGGAGAGAAGUUAGCAAAAUAACUUGCACCAGAGCCCGCCCUGCCGUCUCUGUCUUCUCAGUGACGUCCAUAACAUGUUCUUGGCAACGCGCUCAUGUUCAGAGACAUCAUAGUUGCACAUAACUUCACUCACAGCUAAAAUCCACACAGUUGUUAACCAGUACAUUUUCUCCAUCUCCGAAAUGUAAUGAAUACGUAGAUAAUGAGUUCACUGUUCCAAAAGCAGCACCUCGGACAGUUAACCAAGCCCUCGAGCACCCCUGCACAUUCCUGAUGUUUACCAAGAUGCUGUUUAAAACAAACAAAACAGUUCUAAAUGUACUGUACCUCCCAGUUAGACUGCUUUAAUUUUGCUUUAUUAUUAGUGAACCUUUCAGAAUUACACUAAUUCGGCCCUCGAGUGAUGUGAAUGAACCUAUAGAGCUACCAGAUUUCGGAUGUAGGCAGCAGCAGUUAUUCACAAAAUUACAAACUGUGCUGACAGUAGUUCUUCAAAUGUGUUCAUUUAAGAAGAAGCUUAAAUAACCACAAACAAACUGUCCUCAAGGCUGUGAGAGCUAAAUGCUUUUUACGUCAGGUGUCCGUCACUAGAUGUUGUAUAGCCAGGAUUGAAUGAUAGUGCUGCAGUUGAGUUGAACUAAGUGUCAUAAAGGGUUUACUGCCAUAGCCCCUAUCUCUGAACCUUUAGGGGGGGACACCAUAGUCCAGCCUAUGGGAAUAAAAGGGCCACUUUAUGUCUUGGUUGUGAGCUUCCUUUGGAUAGCGAAAUUCCCCUGAUGCGUAUGGGGAUGAUUCAGAACCCUAAAACCUGUCUGGAAAGUGUUAGAGAAUUGUGACCUCUGCUUUUUUUUAUUUUUUAUUUCAUUUUAUUUUAUUUUGUGGCUGUGCAAUUCGGCAAAGUCAGGCCCAUUUUAAGCAAAGCUAUGCAGAUGUCUUCUCGUUUUAACUGAGGCGACUGAUGGUUUGGAGAAACCCAAAGAGUGACUUUUUAUACUUGCAGAUAGGUUUGGAAUAAUUAAAAAACAAAUUGAUAUAUUUGUUAUUUGUAAAUGUAUAACUUUUGAAUGAGAAAAAUCAUACUUUUUUCUAGAACAAUCUACAUGUGUGCGUCUGUGAGUAAGUCUGAUUUGUGAGCAGUUGUUUACAGACUGAAGCUCUGAGGAGAACUUCAGAGUGUCAUGGCUGAGUGGAGUGGAGUCUCUGCUUUACUGUCUGAUUCUACAGCUGAGGGCAAUGGAAAAGCUAACUGGAGAGCUAACCAGUUGACAGUGGGCAAGCUAACUGAAAAGCUUAACAGUGGAAAAGUUAAUGCUGCGCUCAUGACCAACACGUUUCUGACUUCCCAGAUGGAAAAAUUCAUUUGAACGGUCAUCCUACUCUCAAUUUCCACUCGGAAGGUUGGAGUUUGUCAGGAGUUCUGAAUUCUCCUAGUUACACGCUGACAAUUGCAAGUCAUUCUGUAGAAGAUUUUUAACCAAACUAUUAUAUUAUAUUGCUGUAGCCUACAAUGACCUUUAAAAUAAAUGAAGCACCAACCAAACAAGUCUUCAACUCUGGUCCUAAAGCUUUUUAAGAGCUUUUUACAUAUGCCCAGCCAAACAAAUGCAAGAUUACUGUGACCAUCCAUUUUUCCCCAAAGGCAGUCUUUGCACCAGGCAAAGGCCCAACGUGAGACAUGGGCCUGAAGUUAAAUACGCUAUAUGUUAAAUAACCUAUUCCGAAUCCAAUGACAAAUGACAAAAUGUAACUGGAUUAUGUUACUUAUUCCUGGAAAAAGUGACUACACUGACAGAUAAUUUUGCUUGAUUCUUGCAUAUUUUUAAAAGCAAAGUAUCUGCCAUAGUGAGAUUAAAAAAAUACUAAAUUACUAUGAAUUAAAUAUUAGAUAUAUCAACUAGAUUCAAGAUGAACUCACUGACCAAGAUAUCAUUUUUUGCAGUGUGGGCAGUUGCAUCUCUACGGAGCCCCGCUGGUGACAUCCUGUGUAAAUAAAAAUAACGCGUGGCCACGACUUAGCUAGGAGUGGGAAUGAAGUAAUUAAG